AUGAAGAGGUCGGAGUUGGAGACGUCAAGUUAUCUCAAGAACGAUUGUCUUAGCAUUCAUUGUACAGUAGAAGUAGUGCAUGAUCGUUUUGAAACAGCGCAAACUAAUAUCCAAGAGGGUAAACAUGAUAUUAUUCCUGUACCUCCAUCGGAUAUGAUUCAGAAUCUCAAGGAUUUGCUUGAAUCUGAAAUUGGUUCUGACGUUACGUUUCAGGUUGGCAAUGAAUUCUUCAGAGCUCAUAAGUCGAUUCUUGCAGCUCGAUCUCCCGCCAUGUUAUAUUUGUACUCGGAUGAACUUCCCGAGCCACGUGAACUUUCUGAUUCAGAUUCUCUUUGCACUUCAAUUACGAUCAUGCAACAUCUGUUAGAUGCAGUAGAUCGCUUCGAUCUUGAUCGAUUGAGACUCAUGUGUGAGGCAAAAUUAUGUGAAGAAAUAACCACAAAUACCGUGGCAACAACACUGGCCCUAGAAGAACAACACCAAUGCCUGCAACUGAAAACUGCUUGUCUAAAGUUCGCAGCUAAACCCGAAAAUUUAGAAGAAAUUAUGAAGUCUGAUGGGUUUGCAUAUCUUGAGAAAAGUUGUCCAUCAUUAUUAGUUGAUCUGCUGAAGACUAGUGCACUGAUAGAUAAAAAUCAUGUGGCAGCUUAUGAGAAUGAUCAGUCAGUAAUGUCUUGA